UUUACAAGCGGAAUAAGCGGUAAAUGGCCGAUGCGGACAGUGACAGUUUACGGACGAGAUGUCGUAUGACUAAACACCGAAGAUCUGCUACAUGCUACGUUUGUCCCCUGUCGAGACAUAUUUCUUCGAUCUUAUUUAAAUCAGGAGGUUUGGUACCGUAACCCAUAUGGACUGAAGCUUCCGGCAAACCGGGCAACAGAGAUUGAGAGGACGACUGACCAGAAUAUGAAACAUGGCAACCGCAUCACUCUGGAAAGAAUUCAAGCACACUCCCCAUCAUUUGCGUUAAGUCCUUUUUUGAGACUGUUUAAUUGGGUAAUUUUAUGUGGUUAAAUACGGAAUUGUACAACAGGGAGAAUCAUUCACUAGACAAGAGUAUUGCCGCAGUUUCUUUUAGUAGAGGAUUAAUUGUAUUUCAUCACACUUGGGUCAUGGAUAUUUGGACUUGGCUGCGUUAAGGUACCUGCUGCCUAUCCUUCGAUCAUAAUGGAUCAAGAUGAUAACCAAGAACCAUGCGAGCCCCCUCCACAAGUGCUUUACGGGCCCCACCGGAUCCGGCCAUCAUCGUACCGGGCUCUGCGUAGUGCAGUGUCCAGCCUGGCACGAAUUGAUGAUUUCUUCUGUGAAAAAAUCGGCUCCGGCUUUUUCUCCGAAGUGUUCAAGGUGCAGCACAGGAUCACAGGGCAGGUGAUGGCUCUGAAGAUGAACACUAUGGCCAGUAACAAAGCCAACAUGCUGAGAGAGGUGCAACUGAUGAACCGCCUCUACCACCCCAACAUCCUCAGGUUUUUGGGGGUUUGUGUUCAAGAAGGACAGCUUCAUGCUCUUACUGAGUACAUUAAUGGGGGCAACCUGGAGCAGCUGCUAGACAGUGAUAUAUAUCUGUCAUGGACUGUGAGGAUAGGUCUGUCUCUGGAUAUUGCAAGAGGGCUGCAGUAUCUACACAGCAAGGGCAUUUUCCACCGAGAUCUCACAUCUAAGAAUUGUCUGGUGCGUUGUGAAAAUGGUGCUUUUACAGCUGUGGUUGGUGACUUUGGACUGGCAGAGAAAAUCCCUGAUUACAGUGAUGGUGUUGAAAAGCAACCUUUGGCUGUUGUGGGCUCCCCCUACUGGAUGGCCCCAGAAAUGUUGAGAGGAGAGCUUUACAAUGAGAAGGUGGAUGUCUUUGCAUAUGGAAUAAUCCUUUGUGAGAUUAUUGGCCGAAUUGAGGCUGACCCAGAUAUCAUGCCACGGACAGAGGAUUUUGGACUGGAUGUUGACGCCUUUGAGCACAUGGUGGGUGACUGUCCACCUUCAUUCCUUAGCCUGGCUGUCAACUGCUGCAAUAUGUGUGCAGAUAGUCGUCCUGCUUUUUCUGAGAUAGUACUGAUCCUUGAGAGGAUUGAGAGAGAGAGGGAGAAGAAUGAAGCUCCAGUUAUCUUAGAACCUGUUUCCAUCGACGACAGCCCAUAUAGGAGAAGUUCGCCAUUCCAUCCAGGUGACCAGCGUCUGUCACGUAGUCAGUCAGACGUAUUGCCUCCAGCCACAUCACCGUGUUUAGGCACACCUGUGCGGGUCAACCCCUUCUCUCUUCGCCAAGACCUCAAUGGUGGUCGCAUCAAGCUGUUUGACACUCCUAGCAAAUCUGUCAUCUCCCUCACUUUUACCCUUCCGCCACCUCUAGACCCCUGUGCCUCCCCAUCCCUCAACGGUAGCCCGGCACUCCGCGGACCCCCUCGAAGGUGUCGGUCCCUGCCGUGCACCCCUGAGCUGGGCCGCCAACUACCUUUCCGAGACCAAGAGGAGCAGAAAGAAGAAAAUAUGGAGAGGAAAGAAGAACUAGGAGAUGGAAAGAAAGAGAAAGAGGUGGAGGGAUGGCAAGAUGGAGCUGAAGACUCAGGCCUGGUACUGGAUUUAGAGAUGGUGUCUUUAGAACGAGUUGAAGAAGAGGAGGAGGAAGAGGUGGAGAAGUGCCUCACAGAGCCCAUGGACUGUAGUAGCUCCCCUGACACAGCAGAGGGCACCGCACCAGUAAAGAGGCUUAUUAGCGGUUCUUCUUAUUCCUCUUCCUCCUCUUUGCAGCCCAAUGGCUGGGCUAUGCCUGUGUCUAACGGACCGCCAUUGUUACCUCCCCUUCCCCGUUUGGACAAUUACAACGGACUGCUAAGGCCUGGGCGGCCUAUUGCAUGGGCUAGACUAAAUGGUUACCGCAGCCCUGCCCCAAAGCCAGUACGACCCACUACCGAACAAGACGAUGUCAUUUCCUGUCCUGCUUGCUGUCUGGCUGGUUUCAGCAUCCCUUCCAUGUGCCUGCGUGGAGCCCCUCCUCGUUGUGCACCCCUGCGACGACCAUAUAGGAACCUCAACGGAGGGGAGGCAUCUGCAGCCACAGCAAAGUUCUGUCGUGGAACUAAGGGUCUGGCUCCACCCACAGCAACCUGUGAGCCAGGGUUACCCCUUCCAGAGGCCCAAACCUAAAGAGAGUGACUUCAAAAAAGCUGCAAAAUCUUAGAAAUGACACUUUAUUUACAACACCACACUGUCAGGCUGCAGCAGUAAUGUCAGUAUGGUCAUCUUACUGAAUGUGGUGCAGAGAAAAGCAAGUACAGAGAAUUGCUUUAACUACUGGUGGUUUUUGAUUUUGUAAUGUGUGGAUGAGGCAAUUUAAGAGACACAUUUUGGUCCUGUAGCGCCAGUUUUGUGUCAUAGUUUUGGUUAUUUAACAUAAUCCAGAUUUACAGUUAAUAUUAUGAAUAUACAACAAAGGGUGCUUUUAAAUGUUUGCUCUUUUUGGAUCCACUUAAAGUGACUGUGUUUAAAACAAUCCCUGAAACUGUGUUUGGGAUGAUGGAGACCCAUCAUUCCAAAUAAUAGUAGAAUGUUAAGCAUUUUCAGCUUAUUUAUUUAUUUAUUAGAUAAUCAUUCCUCUUCAAGACUGAGUGCUCUUCACUUUACCCUGAGAGUGUAUGAGGGUGUGUGAUGCUGUAUACUGAUGUAAAACUUUUGUUGAUAAUUCUUUGUGAUAUAUGUGUUAGUUUAAAAGCAGUGUGUGCAUGUCCUAUGGUAAUACUGCAAACUAUACUAUUUAAUAGUCAUCUGUAAAUGAAAAUUGCAAAUUUUUAGUUUUACAGAAAGGAAGGUUUUGUGGAGUACUCGUAUAGGAUUUCAAUUUUGUCAUCUCCCCCUAGUGGUCAGGAUGAUUCACUCUUGUCCAAUAAUGCUACUCUUAUUAGGAAUAAGCAGUUUUUUUCUGCUGAAAGUGAUGUAGAAAGUUGACUUUCACCUUUAAUCUAAAGCUAGCUCAGCUUUUUUAUGAUUUUUAAUGGAAUCAUAUGUAGAAACAUGGUCCUAGAUCAGCACAAAGAGCAUUUUGUGUAGCACAAAGUGUUUCCAGAUGCCACCAUAGACAAUGGAAAAGGAUUGUUCAUUCAUAAACAAAAAUUCUGUCACUUUUUUUUCAUCCUCAUGACAUUUCAAACCUGUAUGAUUUUUUUUUCUUUCAUGGAAUACAGAAGGAGAUAUUUAGCAGAGUGUACAAUUGGACUAAAGGCACACCUUUAAGGGAAAUUUGCUUUUUUUUCUGGUUACAAAAUGUAUCAAGAUCAAGGAAAACAAAAACGAUUUUAUUGAAAUUGAUUAAUACAAACUAAUCUCCAUUGUGAUUGGAUUAUUGAAAAAUGUUUCAUUUAAUCGCCUUAAACAAACCUGAAAAUAACAAAUACUUAUUUUGUCCAAAAAUAAAUGUGAUAAUUUCAGGGAUUUUCAUUAGCUAUUUGCAACAAUUUAAAAAUGAUUAAAUGUUAGAUCAAAUUACCUCAAAAUAAACCUUUAAACGUUACACGUAAUGAUCUCGUGGAACAGGAAAAUAUUGCAGUGCAAGUGUCAAACAGGUGUUAAGGAAAGUGCUGUGAGAGUUUUUGCUGUUUUUUGUUUUUGGUGGAAAAUAAAAUCAUGUAUGUGCCUUUUACCCAGGGAGGCCAUUAGCCCCGUUGUACCCUAAUGUCUUUUUUGUGUUCCAUGACAGAAUUUUCAGUUUUGGGUGAACUAUUCCUUUAAGGCAAUAAUGAGGCAUGUGAUUAAUAUAUCUAUUGUGUUUGAACAUGUACAUGAGUGUAAAUUUUCACAGCAGCCUAGAUGCAAUGCAGUCUCCUAUACUAUAGAUCCUGAACUGACCCAUCUCUUUAUAUUCAGUCUAAAUUGAUUGAAUGCAAAUGCAGAAUUCUAAUUCACCUUUUGCAGUUUUGUAUUAGUUUAUGGUCUUUAGAAAUAAACCAGAAUCUCAGAGAGACUGUAUUGCUCUGUGUGUUCUGGUGUAUUCAUGGUCUGACCAAACUGCAGAGUUUCUGAAGUGUAUGUAACACCUUAGAAAUGCGUCCACUGAAUUUCCUCAUGCUUGUGUAUGAACACCUGCUUAUGAGCGUAGGAAGUAUGUGCAUGCUGAGUACUGUACAAAAGAGUGAUCUGUACAUAUCGGUGCAUGACAGUAGCCAAGAAGCUUUCUAGUCCGUUAGCAGUUCCCUUCAGGCUGGCAUCAGAGGUGAAGUUGUCUCAAGUCAAGUUUGAAUUCAGAAUUGAGAUAUGGAUGCAAUAAGAAGUGCUCUUGGUUAAUCCAGUAAAAUAUAGUUUUAAAACUUCUUGAGGAAUAUGUUUUAAUGAACUAAAUUGUUUUUAGUACUUUAAAGAGUUGAAGUUUUUGAAUACUAAUCUGUCAAGCCUGGAAGUGAGCUGUGAAACUUAAUGUCCUCUCUUUUCAGAAAGUUGAUAAUCAAAUCUAAAUGUAUAAUUUUCAGUGCACUGAAGAGCUAAUCCAUUGAAAGCAAUUUGAUCAUGUGUAUUUGUACAGCACAGACAUUCAUAACUUGCCUCCUUUUUGUCAGUGAUGAAGUGAUGUUAUAACAGAUUGAGAAGGAUUUGUAAAGUCCAUGUGUCACAUUGCUGUUUAAAUUCUUUUUAAGAGAGGACUAUCUUUCUCUCUAAAGUAAAGCACUUAUCUCUAUGAUUAUUGUUAUGAGUUCUGGGGAUCAACAGCUUUAAUAAAUGUCAAAGAGUCAUGUUAUUUAUGACAAUUUCAUCAAUUAAAAAGACUGAAUGUAA